CACGCCCCCCGGCCAAUGAGAGACGGGUCGUACCUGCCAUUGGUGGGACGGGCCGACCCGGAAGGGUGGAGGUUCCCGGCCGGCGUGCAAAGAAAGCCGGGUGGCGGGAACUUGUUGCCGAAAGAAAUUUGGAUCUCUAAUUCAGUGUUAGAAUGGCAUCUGUUUCAGCUCUAACUGAGGAAUUGGAUUCGGUGAACAACGAGCUACAUGCAGUAGACAUUCAAAUUCAGGAGCUUCUGGAGAGGCAACAAGAGCUAACUCAGAGAAAAAACAUCCUAACGAACAGAAUAAAGCAGUGUUUGGAGGAUUCUGAUGCUGGGGGAAGCAAUGAAUGUGAUUCUUCACCUGCCUCUUGGAAUAAAGAAGAUUUUCCAUGGUCUGAUAAAGUUAAAGAUGUUCUGCAAAAUGUCUUUAAACUGGAGAAGUUCAGAUUGCUUCAGCUUGAAACUAUUAAUGUAACAAUGUCUGGAAAGGAUGUAUUUCUUGUUAUGCCUACAGGAGGUGGGAAGAGCUUAUGCUACCAGUUACCAGCAUUAUGUUCAGAGGGUUUUACACUCGUGAUUUGCCCAUUGAUUUCUCUUAUGGAAGAUCAGUUAAUGGUUUUAAAACAAUUAGAAAUUUCAGCUACCAUGUUAAAUGCUUCUAGUUCUAAGGAGCAUGUGAAAUGGGUUCAUGCUGAAAUGGUAAAUAAAAACUCCAAGCUAAAGCUAAUUUAUGUGACUCCAGAGAAAAUUGCAAAAAGCAAAAUGUUUAUGUCAAGACUAGAGAAAGCCUAUGAAGCAAGGAGAUUUACCCGAAUAGCUGUGGAUGAAGUUCACUGCUGUAGUCACUGGGGUCAUGAUUUCAGACCCGAUUACAAGGCACUUGGUAUCUUAAAGCGCCAGUUCCCUAACACAGCACUGAUUGGGCUGACUGCGACUGCAACCAGUCAUGUUCUGAAGGAUGCUCAAAAAAUACUGUGUGUUGAGAAGUGUUUUACUUUUACAGCUUCUUUUAACCGGCCAAACCUUUACUAUGAGGUUCGUCAAAAGCCUUCAAACACUGAAGAUUUUAUUGAGGAUAUUGUAAAGGUCAUUAAUGGGAGAUACAAAGGGCAAUCAGGAAUCAUUUAUUGCUUUUCUCAGAAGGACUCUGAGCAAGUUACAGUUAGUUUACAGAAAUUGGGAAUUCGUGCAGGUGCAUACCAUGCCAAUAUGGAACCAGAAGAUAAGACCACGGUUCACAGAAGGUGGUCAGCCAAUGAAAUUCAGGUAGUAGUGGCAACGGUUGCAUUCGGUAUGGGAAUUGAUAAGCCAGAUGUGAGAUUUGUUAUUCAUCAUUCAAUGAGUAAAUCUAUGGAAAAUUAUUACCAAGAGAGUGGUCGUGCAGGUAGAGAUGACACGAAAGCGGACUGCAUUUUGUAUUAUGGCUUUGGAGACAUAUUCAGAAUCAGUUCAAUGGUGGUGAUGGAAAAUGUGGGGCAACAAAAGCUUUAUGAGAUGGUGUCAUACUGCCAAAACAUAAGCAAAUGUCGCCGUGUAUUGAUAGCUCAACAUUUUGAUGAAGUAUGGAACUCAGAAGCAUGCAACAAAAUGUGUGAUAAUUGCUGUAAAGACACUUCAUUUGAAAGAAAGAAUGUAACAGCCUACUGCAGAGAUCUAAUCAAAAUCCUGCAGCAGGCAGAGGAAAUGAAUGAAAAGCUCACUCCACUGAAACUGAUUGAUUCUUGGAUGGGAAAGGGAGCAGCGAAAUUGAGAGUAGCAGGUGUUGUUCCUCCCAUACUUCCUCGGGAAGACCUGGAGAAGAUUAUUGCGCACUUUCUUCUACAGCAGUAUCUUAAAGAAGACUACAGUUUUACAGCGUACGCUACCAUUUCCUAUUUGAAAAUAGGACCUAAAGCUAAUCUUCUGAACAACGAGGCACAUGUUAUUACUAUGCAAGUAAAGAAGUCCACGCAGACCUAUUUCACGAUUGAAUCAUCUCAAAGUGGUGAUUCUGAGGGAUCUGAUAAAAAGAAGGAAGGAAAAAAUUCGGGCAACUUCCAGAAGAAAUCUGCAAACAAACUUCAGCAAUCUGAUUCUAAGAAUACAGGCGCUAAAAAAAGAAAAAUUGAUGAAUGUUUCUAAAUUUUCCAAGAAAAUAAGUUUUAUGCAUGCGUACACCAUUAUUUUUGUAGUUAACAAGAAGCUUAAAUUUUAAGACACUCAUUUAUACUUUAUAUACAUGAAGCAGUAUUUUAAGAACUUCUCUCUAAAGUAUUGACUUGAGAAUUUGAGAACUUUUGAAAAUUUAAGAGCAUGAACUGCAUACAAUUACAGUGUGAAAUGAGGGGGAAAUAAAUUUUUAAUGUAAAACCCUUUAAAAGUAAAAUACUUAAGAGAAUAAGUUCACAUAACUAUCUUAAGCUCUUGAUGCCUUGUAAUUUUUUUUUGACAUAACUAUCUUUUGAUAGCAAUGUUAUUGUACUGAGUUUUACAUAGGCUCAUCACAAAAAGUGAGUACUCUCACAUUAUAACAUAUGUAGAAUCCACACAAAAAUAAGGUAUCAAUACUAAUAUUAGUAAGAUGGCUAUGUCUCUAUUUAAGUAAAAUAAAACUAAGCUUGAAACCAUAGCCCUAUUUUGACAUUUCAUAAAGAAUGGCCCUUUGUAGACCAACCUAGCUCCAAAACUAAAUCACAAGUGAACGUGUCUUAAGUUUAAAGCACAUAAAUGAGUAACUUGAAAAUUCUUACAUAAGUGGUUAUGAGAGGCCAGUUUUGUGAUAGAAAAAAAUAUACAUGUAAGUUAUCCAAACUUGAUUUCAUCUUUAGAAUUUUAUUUUUAAAUACUUUUUCACUAAAGUCAUUAUCACUUUUGUAUUUUUAACUUUAAUGUGGUCACCAUUAAAUCAGUGGAGUCCUUCACAUCAUUGACUUGAUAUUUUGUCUUAUUUGGAACUAUGUGGUUCUUGAAAUGCUCUCUUUAGUCAAAAUAAUCUUCUAUAUCAAUGUUUGGAUCUAGUAGAUCUUCUCCAUAUGAUGAAAGAUUCAUCUGGUUUAAUAUCAAGUUUUCAAAUGUUUCUUCUAAAUUGGUUUCACCAAUUAAGACAGCUCCCAUCAUUCGUCCAUUCUGCAUGACGACUUUGAUGUAUUCUUGUCCUUUGGUACAUCUCAGCAUUAAUUCAUGAUCUGAACCCAAGCUCUGUGCAUUGUAUUUUCCCAGCAAUACAACCUAUAAAUAUACAUGUAGGGACAGAGUUAUUCUAGUGGGGUGCCUAAAAGGAGACAUAAUAGGCAAUUAUUUUGUGUUAUGCCAGAAUGGCCAGCAGAAAAAUCUGUUCCAAAAUUUUAUAGCUAAAAGCUGGAGCAGCUUCCAAAAAACCCCAAACGUCUGAAUGGUAUGCAUUUAUUCUACAGACGAUAAUGCCAUACAAUCUACCUGGACAUUAACAAUAUCUAGUGAAGCCCUGGCUGGGUGGCUCAGUUGACUGGAGUGGUGUGCUGUACACCAGGAUACAUCAGAAGGUUGUGGGUUCAUUUCCCAGUCUGGGCACAUACCUAGAUUGUGGAUUAGAUCUGCAGUUGGCAUGUACGGGAGCAAUCUAUCGAUGAUUCUCUCCCUCUCUCUCUCUCUCUCCCCCCCGCCCCCACUUCCUCUAAAAUUAAUUUGAAAAACAUAUCCUCGGGUGAGGAUUAAAAUAUCUACUUACGGAAUAUACAAAUAUGUAGAAUAUGUACCACAUUAGCCUGAAGUCAUGAUUUAAAGAUUAAAUAAAGAACUGAAUUAAAUCUUGCUUAGCAAAUUAUUUAAUCUCCCUGAACCCUGUGUAUGUGUUUAUUUGUGUAUGUUUCUCUUUAUCAGUAAAUUAGGAACAAAAACUAGGCUCACACUAAUGUAGAGAGGAUUAAGUAAGAUAUUAUGUAUGGAAAAUAACUUGGCUCACUCUUGAGUAUGAUAGCUAUUAGUUUCCUGCACAAAGAAAUAAUCUCAAAUAAAAAUUAGAAAUGCACCCCCAGGAAACACUAUUAAGUGUAAAACAGUAUAGUGGGAAGGGAGGUAACGAUUAUCAGAUAAUUAGGAAUUAAGAUCAGCAAUAAUACCAAGUACUGAUUUGCAUAAAAUAAAAUAUUUCAUUUUUCUGGU